ACGCGCCCUCCUCAAACACGUGUCGGAGUUUGGCUCCAGGGCGGCAAAAUCAAGUUGUGUCGCGGAUUGCAUAAGAUUUGCAAUUAUAAUUCCGACGAUUCGAAUAAGAAAUAAACCGACUCGAGAUAUCAAGGGGAAUCCCAAAACAAUUUAAAAACCAAUCACGCGGGUGAAUUGAAAAUUUUGGAGGCGCUGCGGUCGUUGCGUUAACCAAACGAAAUGGCUGAGGCGGAGGGAGGCUCCGAGCAGGAUGAUGUUUCAUUCCUGAGAACGGAGGACAUGGUCACGCUCUCCUGCACAGCGACAGGAGAGCGUGUCUGCUUGGCCGCCGAAGGAUUUGGUAACCGGCACUGUUUCCUGGAGAACAUUGCCGACAAGAAUGUGCCGCCGGAUCUGUCGCAGUGCGUCUUCGUCAUCGAGCAGGCGUUGUCCGUGCGAGCUUUGCAGGAGCUGGUGACAGCGGCGGGAUCCGAGACUGAUAGUCAAGUUGGCAAGGGAACUGGAUCCGGACACAGGACAUUGCUCUACGGCAAUGCCAUUUUGCUCCGUCAUCACAAUAGUGAUAUGUACUUGGCCUGUCUGUCCACCUCGUCGUCGAAUGACAAGCUAUCCUUUGAUGUGGGUCUGCAGGAGCACAGCCAGGGAGAGGCCUGCUGGUGGACAGUGCAUCCGGCGAGCAAGCAGCGUUCCGAGGGUGAGAAGGUGCGCGUCGGUGAUGAUUUGAUCCUGGUAUCUGUGGCCACGGAGCGGUAUCUGCACACCACCAAGGAGAACGAGCAGUCGAUUGUGAAUGCCAGCUUCCAUGUGACCCACUGGUCGGUUCAGCCCUACGGAACGGGAAUUUCCCGAAUGAAGUACGUCGGUUAUGUUUUUGGUGGCGAUGUACUGCGCUUCUUUCAUGGCGGAGACGAGUGCCUGACCAUACCCAGCACCUGGGGCCGUGAGGCUGGUCAAAAUAUUGUAGUUUACGAGGGCGGCGUGGUCAUGGCCCAGGCACGUUCCCUGUGGCGUCUGGAGUUGGCCAGGACCAAGUGGACGGGUGGCUUCAUCAACUGGUACCAUCCGAUGCGAAUUCGCCACAUAACCACUGGACGCUAUUUGGGCGUCAACGAAAGCAACGAACUGAUUCUGGUGAAGAAGGAGGAGGCUUCGAUCGCCACGACGACUUUCUGCCUGAGGCAGGAAAAGGACGACGAGAAGAAGGUGCUCGAGGACAAGGACCUGGAAGUGAUCGGCUCGCCGAUCAUCAAGUACGGCGACACCACCGUCAUCGUCCAGCACUGCGAGACGAGCCUGUGGCUCAGCUACAAGAGCUACGAGACCAAGAAGAAGGGCGUGGGCAAGGUCGAGGAGAAGCAGGCCAUCCUCCACGAAGAGGGCAAGAUGGACGAUUGCCUCGACUUUUCGCGCUCCCAGGAAGAGGAAUCGAAGACGGCCCGUGUCAUUCGCAAGUGCAGCAGUCUUUUUACCCAAUUUAUUACGGCUUUGGAGACUCUUCAGUCCAAUCGCCGACACUCCAUUUUCUUCCAGAAGGUCAACCUCAACGAAAUGGUCAUGUGCCUGGAGGACUUGAUCAACUACUUCUCGCAACCCGAAGACGAUAUGGAACACGAGGAGAAACAGAACCGCUUCCGAGCUCUGCGCAAUCGCCAAGAUCUGUUCCAGGAGGAGGGCGUGCUAAAUCUCAUCCUGGAGGCCAUUGACAAGAUCAAUAUCAUUACUUCCCAGGGUUUCCUGGCCAGCUUCUUGGCCGGCGACGAGACUGGCCAGAGCUGGGACCUCAUCUCCACCUAUCUGUACCAACUACUGGCUGCCAUAAUCAAGGGAAACCACACCAAUUGCGCCCAGUUCGCCAACAGCAAUCGCCUGAACUGGCUAUUCUCACGCCUGGGAUCUCAGGCCUCCAGCGAGGGCUCCGGCAUGCUGGACGUACUCCACUGCGUGCUGAUCGACUCUCCGGAAGCUCUGAACAUGAUGAGAGAUGAGCACAUCAAAGUGAUCAUCUCGCUGCUGGAAAAGCACGGCCGCGACCCGAAAGUCCUGGACGUUCUCUGUUCCCUGUGCGUGGGUAACGGAGUGGCAGUGCGUUCCUCGCAAAACAACAUCUGCGACUUCUUGCUGCCCGGCAAGAACCUGCUACUGCAGACCCUUCUAGUGGACCAUGUGGCCAGUAUCCGGCCAAACAUAUUUGUGGGCCGCGUAGACGGCUCGUCCAUGUACCAGAAGUGGUACUUUGAAGUGACCAUGGACCACAUCGAGCAGACAACGCACAUGAUGCCCCACCUGCGCAUCGGCUGGGCCAACACCUCAGGCUAUGUCCCGUAUCCGGGAGGAGGCAAGAAGUGGGGCGGCAACGGCGUGGGAGAUGACCUCUACUCCUUUGGAUUUGACGGCGCCUACUUAUGGACUGGAGGCCGCAAGACCCUCGUGGUGGAUGCCUUGCCCGAGGAGCCCUUCAUUCGCAAGGGCGAUGUCAUUGGCGUGGCCAUUGAUCUCUCAGUGCCCAUCAUCACCUUUACCUUCAAUGGUGGCAAGGUACGCGGCAGCUUCCGGGACUUCAAUCUGGACGGUAUGUUCUUCCCCGUAAUGAGCUGCUCCUCGAAGCUGAGUUGCCGAUUCCUGUUUGGCGGCGAUCAUGGUCGCUUAAAGUUUGCUCCACCCAUGGGAUUCUCGGCUUUGGUUCAGUGCCUUAUGCCCCACCAGAUCCUCAGUCUGGAUCCGUGUUUCUACUUUGGUAAUCUCAGCAAAAAUGUCCUGGCCGGACCCUGGCUCAUCGAGGACGACACUGCCUUUGUGCCCAAGCCUGUGGAUACGACAGGCGUUUCUCUGCCCAGCUCUGUGGACCAAAUCAAAGAGAAGCUGGCGGAGAACAUCCACGAGAUGUGGGCUCUGAACAAGAUCGAGGCUGGUUGGUCGUGGGGUGAGCACCGCGACGACUACCAUCGCAUCCAUCCGUGCCUCACCCAGUUUGAGAAGCUGCCGGCAGCCGAGAAGCGAUAUGACAAUCAAUUGGCUGUGCAGACGCUUAAGACAAUCAUUUCCCUGGGCUACUACAUCACCAUGGACAAGCCGCCAGCCCGCAUUCGCCCAGUGCGCCUGCCCAACGAGAUCUUCAUGCAGGGCAAUGGCUACAAGCCGGCUCCCUUGGACCUCAGCGCUGUUACCCUCACCCCCAAGUUGGAAGAGCUGGUGGACCAGCUGGCGGAGAAUACGCACAACCUGUGGGCCCGUGAAAGGAUUCAGCAGGGCUGGACUUAUGGUCUGAACGAGGAUAGCGACAACCACCGCAGUCCGCAUCUCGUUCCCUACGCAAAGGUGGACGAGGCCAUCAAGAAGGCCAACAGGGACACGGCCUCGGAGACAGUGCGCACUCUACUGGUCUACGGUUAUGUCCUGGAUCCUCCCACUGGAGAGGGCACCGAAGCCCUUCUGGCAGAGGCACAGCGCCUCAAAUUCGCCGCCUUCCGGACCUACAGAGUGGAAAGGAACUACGCCGUAACCUCGGGCAAGUGGUACUUUGAGUUCGAGGUCCUCACCGCCGGACCCAUGCGAGUGGGCUGGGCCCGAGCCGAUUGCUAUCCGGGCGCCAUGUUGGGCAGCGAGGACACCAGCUGGGCCUUCGACGGACACAAUGAAGAGAAAGUGUCUGGUGGCGUCAGUGAAUCCUUCGGUAAACAGUGCGGACCCGGUGACAUAGUCGGCGUCUUUCUAGAUCUGGCCGAUCACACAAUUAGCUUCUCACUCAAUGGAGAACUCCUCAUGGACGCCCUGGGCGGCGAGACAACCUUCGCCGAUGUCACCGCCGAGGGGGUGGGCUUUGUGCCCGCCUGCACCUUGGGCGUGGGCCAGAAGGCGCGCCUCAUCUACGGCCAGGACGUGGACUCCCUCAAGUUCUUCACCACCUGUGGCUUGCAAGAGGGAUAUGAGCCUUUCUGCGUGAACAUGCGCCGCCCAGUGACCCACUGGUACACCAAGGAUCAACCCAUUUUCGAGAAUACCGAAGAAAUGCCCGACUGCCGCAUUGAUGUGACCCGUAUUCCCGGUGGCGCAGACACCCCACCGCAUUUGAAAAUCUCCCACAACACCUUCGAGACCAUGGAGAAGGCCAACUGGGAGUUCCUGCGACUCUCGCUGCCCGUCACCUGCAUGAGCGAGUUCAUCAACGAACAGGAGAAGGCUCGGCGCUGGGACGAGAUUAAGAACCGGCAGUACCGUCUGAUGCGAGAGGCAGAAGCUGCUGCCCAGAUGCAGGUCCAGACCCAGGCCGCCCACAUGGAUCACAUGCUCAAGGGUGGCUUCAACAUGAACGACAUCAAAGGUUUAACCCGCAAUUUUGACGAGCACGCCGAUGCCGAGGCGGAUCACAUGAUGCGAGGACCUUCGAGGCCUCCGCGGAAGGGAUCCCUCACUCGUAACAUCACGUUUGAGACGGACAUGUCCGCUGCCCUGGACGAGAUGCAUCGCUCCUCCUCCGUGCUCGACAUGAACGGUCUGGGCGACGAGUUGGACGACAAGAAAAAGCGCGGACGUAGUCCCUUCAAGUUCUUCUCGAAGAAGUCGCGGGACCAGAGCCGCGAAAAGAUGGGCCGUUCCCAGGACACUUCCUUGGAACGCCGCAACACCGUGGCCCACGGGCGCAAUGUGGUCAACCAGCAGAUGACCACUAGAGCUCCCACCUUGAGGUUGAAUAACGCGGACAUCCCACCCAGUCCAGUACCUCAAGGACCCAAACAGCUGAGCGGCUCCACUCUGGGUCAACCACCAGUGGAGUCCUCCGGAGAGGAGAUGUUCGAUGCCGAGUGCCUGAAACUGAUCAACGAGUACUUCUACGGAGUCCGCAUCUUCCCCGGCCAGGAUCCCACCCACGUGUACGUCGGCUGGGUAACCACCCAGUACCACCUGCACAGCCGGGAGUUCAACAAGAACAAGGUGCGUCGCGGUUCCGUUUACAUCGAGGACGAUUAUGAGAUGGCCAUCGAGCGGAUCGACCGCCAGAGCUGCUACGUUGUGAGAGCCGACGAGCUCUUCAACGAGGUUACCCAAGACGCCUCCGGCAAGGGUGCUUCUCAGGGCAUGUUUGUGGGCUGCUUUGUGGACACAGCCACUGGCAUUAUCCGCUUCACGUGCGAGGGCAAGGACACGUCCCACCGCUGGAUGAUGGAGCCGGACACCAAGCUUUUCCCGGCCAUUUUCGUGGAAGCCACCAGCAAGGAGAUCCUGCAGAUCGAACUGGGCCGCACACCCACCACUCUGCCCCUGUCGGCGGCGGUGCUGCCCACCAGCGACAAGCACAUCAAUCCCCAGUCGCCACCGCGUCUCAAGGUCCAGUGCCUGCGGCCGCACCAGUGGGCCCGUGUCCCCAACACGGCGCUCCAGGUGCACGCUCUGAAGCUGUCCGACAUCCGCGGUUGGUCCAUGUUGUGCGAGGACCCCGUUUCCAUGCUGGCCCUGCACAUACCCGAGGAGGAUCGCUGUAUCGACAUCCUGGAGCUGAUUGAGAUGGACAAGCUGUUGUCCUUCCACGCCCACACCCUCACCCUGUACGCGGCCCUCUGCUACCAGUCCAACUACCGGGCAGCCCACGCCCUGUGCCAGCACGUGGACCAGAAGCAGCUGCUCUACGCCAUCCGGUCCGAGUACAUGAGUGGACCUCUACGCCAGGGCUUCUACGACCUGCUGAUCGCCCUUCAUCUGGAGUCGCAUGCCACCACAAUGGAGGUCUGCAAGAACGAGUACAUCACACCGCUGGGACCAGAGCUGAAGGAGCUCUAUAGCGAGGACGAGAUGCAGCACUCGCUGCGUUCUCUGGUAACGGAGUCAGUGCGUCCGCAGCUGCGAAUGACGGAGAUCACCGAACCGAUCCCCAACAUCGACCAAUUGUACUCCCCGAAGUUCCCCCUAGAAGUAGUCAGGCAGUUCGUGAUGGAGGCGCUGAAGGAUGCUGUGGAGAUCAACCAGGUCCACAACCGGGACCCCAUUGGUUGGACCAACGAAAAUCUAUUCUUACCACUCAUUAAGCUAACAGACCGCCUGCUCCUGGUCGGCGUUUUAACCGACGAAGAUGUACAGAGGUUGCUGGUGAUGAUUGACCCGGAAACAUGGGAUGCAGCCUUCGAGAGAGAGGGCAAGGAUGAACACCGAAAGGGACUCCUCACCAUGAAGAUGGCCGAGGGAGCCAAGCUACAGAUGUGCUACCUGUUGCAUCAUCUAUACGACACCCAGUUGCGCCACCGCGUGGAGAGCAUUAUUGCGUUCUCGCACGACUUCGUGGGCGAUUUGCAGACCGAUCAGUUGCGACGUUAUAUCGAGAUCAAGCAAUCCGACCUGCCCAGUGCUGUUGCGGCCAAAAAGACUAAGGAGUUCCGCUGUCCGCCGCGAGAGCAGAUGAACCAGAUUCUCUGCUUCAAGAACCUCGAAGCCGAUGACCAGGACAACUGUACCUGCGGCCUUGAGUUGCGCGGUCGCCUGGGCGACUUCCACGACAGCCUGAUGCAGAAGGUGUCGCUCAAUGCCCUCCAGGAGCCGGACGGCGUUGAGGGCGCAGCGAUCGAAGAAAUUAAGACCGGACCGAUAACGAAAAUCUACAAUUUCAUCAACACCGUCAAGGAGCUGGAGGAGGGGCCCAAGGAAGUGGAGGAGCCGGAGAAGAAGACACCCGAGGAAGUGUUCCGCAAGGUGCUGAUCAAGACGAUCGUCAGCUGGGCGGAAGAGUCUCAGAUCGAGAACCCCAAGCUGGUGCGCGAAAUGUUUAGCCUGCUGCUCCGGCAGUACGACACUGUGGGCGAACUGGUACGUGCCCUGGAGAAGACCUAUGUGAUCAACAAUCGUGCUCGGGAUGACGUGGCCGAAAUGUGGGUGGGUCUUAGCCAGAUCCGUGCCCUGUUGCCCGUCCAGAUGAGCCAGGAGGAGGAGGAGCUGAUGCGCAAGCGCCUGUGGAAGCUGGUGAACAACGCUACCUUCUUCCAGCAUCCCGACCUGAUUCGCAUCCUACGCGUCCACGAGAACGUGAUGGCUGUGAUGAUGAACACCCUGGGUCGGCGGGCGCAAGCUCAGAGCGAUGCUCCCACCCAAACGGAGGUCGCCGAGGGAGCUCCUUCGAAGGAGAAGGAUACCUCCCACGAAAUGGUUGUGGCCUGUUGCCGCUUCCUCUGCUACUUCUGCCGCACGGGCCGUCAAAACCAGAAGGCCAUGUUCGAUCACUUCGACUUUCUGCUGGACAAUGCCAACAUCCUGCUAGCUCGCCCCAGCCUGCGUGGAUCUACUCCCCUCGACGUGGCAUACUCGAGUCUGAUGGAGAACACAGAAUUGGCUCUGGCGCUGAGGGAGCACUACCUCGAGAAGAUCGCCGUCUAUCUAUCCAGAUGUGGCCUGCAGAGCAACUCGGAGCUUGUGGAGAAGGGCUACCCUGAUCUGGGGUGGGAUCCUGUGGAGGGUGAACGCUACCUGGACUUCCUGCGCUAUUGCGUUUGGGUCAACGGCGAGAGCGUCGAGGAGAAUGCGAACCUUGUCAUUCGACUUCUUAUCCGUCGUCCGGAAUGCUUGGGACCGGCUCUAAGAGGAGAAGGAGAAGGUCUGUUCCGCGCCAUCGUCGAGGCCAAUCGCAUGUCGGAGCGCAUCUCGGACCGCUGCAAGAUGCAGGACGAGGCCGAGGGCACCAUUGCCGGACUGAACUUCACGCACCCGUUGCCCGAGAGCGACGAGGACGAGGACUACAUCGACACUGGCGCAGCCAUCCUGAAUUUCUACUGCACCCUGGUUGACCUAUUGGGUCGCUGUGCCCCGGAUGCCUCUGUCAUCGAGCAGGGCAAGAACGAAUCCCUGAGAGCUAGAGCUAUUCUGAGAUCUCUGGUGCCACUGGAGGAUCUGCAGGGCGUGUUGAGCUUAAAGUUCACCCUAUCGCAGACAGCUCCGGGCGAAGAAAAACCCAAAUCAGACAUGCCAUCAGGCCUGCUGCCCAACAACAAGCAGAGCAUCGUGCUCUUCUUGGAGCGCGUGUACGGCAUCGAGACCCAGGAUCUGUUCUACCGCCUGCUGGAGGACGCCUUCCUCCCGGAUCUGCGCACCGCCACCAUCCUGGACAAGAGCGACGGCUCGGAGAGUGACAUGGCCCUGGCCAUGAACCGCUACAUCGGCAACUCUAUCCUCCCACUACUGAUCAAGCACUCCAAGUUCUACAACGAGGCCGAAAACUACGCCAGUCUCUUGGACGCCACCCUGCACACGGUCUAUCGGCUAUCCAAGAACCGUAUGCUAACCAAGGGACAGCGUGAGGCCGUCUCCGAUUUCCUGGUGGCCCUCACAUCCCAAAUGCAACCUGCCAUGCUGCUCAAGCUGCUGCGCAAGUUGACUGUGGAUGUGUCCAAGCUUUCCGAGUACACCACCGUGGCUCUUCGGCUUCUCACCCUGCACUUCGAUCGCUGCGCCAAGUACUAUGGCUCAACUCAAGGCCAGGGCUCGUAUGGAGCCUCAUCGGACGAGGAGAAGCGCCUGACGAUGCUGCUGUUCUCGAACAUUUUUGACUCGCUCAGCAAUAUGGACUAUGACCCGGAACUGUUCGGUAAAGCACUGCCCUGCCUGAUUGCCAUCGGCUGCGCCCUGCCGCCCGACUACAGUCUGUCCAAGAACACGGACGAGGACUACUAUGGCCGCCAGAUGGGCGCUCCCGACCAGCCGCAGUAUAUGCCGAAUCCCAUUGACACCAACAACGUCCACCUGGACAACGACCUCAACUCACUGGUCCAGAAGUUCAGCGAGCACUACCACGACGCCUGGGCCAGUAGGAGGCUGGAAGGUGGCUGGACCUAUGGAGAGAUCCGAUCCGACAAUGAUCGCAAGCAUCCGCGUCUCAAGCCCUACAACAUGCUCAGCGAAUACGAACGUGAGCGCUAUCGUGAUCCAGUACGGGAAUGCUUGAAGGGUCUAUUGGCCAUUGGUUGGACUGUGGAGCACUCGGAAGUGGAGGUGCCACUCAACCAUCGUGGAUCGACGCGUCGCCAGUCAAAGCCUCAGAUUCACGAUUUCCAGAAUGAAGGCAGCCCGUUCAACUACAAUCCCCAUCCGGUGGACAUGAGCAACCUCACGCUCAGCAGGGAGAUGCAGAACAUGGCCGAACGCCUGGCAGAGAACUCCCACGACAUCUGGGCCAAGAAGAAGAACGAGGAGCUGAACGGCUGUGGCGGAGUUAUCCACCCACAGCUGGUGCCCUACGAUCUCCUGACCGACAAGGAGAAGAAGAAGGAUCGCGAGCGUUCGCAGGAGUUCCUCAAGUACAUGCAGUACCAGGGCUACAAGCUGCACAAACCAUCUAAGGGUGGUGCCGUGGAAGAGGGUGGAGCUACCCAAGCUGCCGUGGAGCUGCGUUUCUCAUACUCGCUGCUGGAGAAGCUCAUCCAGUACCUGGACAGAGCCACCAUCAACAUGAAGCUUUUGAAGCCAUCCACCACCUUCAGUCGCCGCUCGUCCUUCAAGACAGCCACUCGCGACAUUAAGUUCUUCUCGAAGGUGGUGCUGCCCCUGAUGGAGAAGUACUUCUCUACGCACAGGAACUACUUUAUCGCAAUUGCCACGGCAACCAACAACAUUGGAGCUGCCUCCCUUAAAGAGAAGGAAAUGGUGGCCUCGAUCUUCUGCAAGCUGGCCGCCUUGCUGCGCAACCGGCUGAGUGCCUUUGGACCUGAUGUCCGCAUCACAGUGCGCUGCCUGCAGGUGCUUGUGAAGGGCAUCGAUGCCCGCACCCUGACCAAGAACUGCCCCGAGUUCAUCCGCACAUCGAUGCUGACGUUCUUCAACCAAACCUCCGAUGAUCUGGGCAACACGAUUCUCAAUCUUCAGGACGGCAAGUACAGCCACUUGCGAGGAACGCAUCUGAAGACCUCAACGUCCCUGGGCUAUGUCAACCAGGUGGUGCUGCCGGUCCUGACGGCGAUGUUCGAUCACCUGGCAGCGUGUGACUACGGAAGCGACUUGCUUUUGGAUGAAAUCCAGGUGGCCUCGUACAAAAUUCUUGCUGCACUUUACCACCUGGGUACGGAUGCCACGCUGACACAUGAUCGCAAGUAUCUGAAGACGGAGAUAGAGAGGCAUCGUCCUGCCCUGGGAUCGUGUCUGGGAGCCUAUAGUUCCUGCUUCCCAGUGGCCUUCCUGGAACCGCAUCUCAACAAGCACAACCAGUACUCGCUGCUUAACAGAAUUGCUGAUCAUUCGCUGGAGGCCCAGGACAUUAUGGUGAAGAUGGAAAGCUGCAUGCCCAAUCUGGAGACCAUUCUCGCCGAGGUGGACCAGUUCGUGGAGUCCGACAAGACCUACAACGAUGCACCACAUAUCAUCGAUGUUAUUCUGCCACUGCUCUGCGCCUAUCUGCCCUUCUGGUGGUCCCAGGGACCUGACAACGUCAGUCCUACCAGUGGCAACCACGUGACCAUGGUCACUGCCGACCACAUGAAUCCCCUGCUGCGCAAUGUCCUGAAGAUGAUCAAGAAGAACAUCGGCAACGACAACGCCCCCUGGAUGACUCGCAUCGCUGCCUACACUCAGCAGAUUAUCAUCAACACGUCGGAGGAGCUGCUCAAGGAUCCGUUCCUGCCCCUGGCUGAGCGUGUGAAGAAGCGCACGGAGAACAUGCUGCACAAGGAGGACAGCAUGCGGGGCUUCAUCAAGUCCGCCACGGACGACACCUCGCAGGUGGAGACUCAGUUGCAGGAGGACUGGAACCUGCUGGUGCGGGACAUUUACUCCUUCUACCCGCUGCUGAUCAAGUACGUGGACUUGCAGCGCAACCACUGGCUGAAGGACAACAUCCCCGAGGCCGAGGAGCUCUACAACCACGUGGCGGAGAUAUUCAACAUCUGGUCGAAGAGCCAGUACUUCCUCAAGGAGGAGCAGAACUUCAUCUCGGCCAACGAGAUCGACAACAUGGCCCUCAUCAUGCCCACUGCCACGAGGAGAUCGGCCAUUUCCGAAGGUGUGCCCGCUGUGGGUGGCAAGGUCAAGAAGAAGAAGAAGAACCGAGACAAGAAACGCGACAAGGACAAGGAGGUUCAGGCCAGUCUGAUGGUGGCCUGCCUUAAGCGUCUACUGCCCGUUGGUCUGAAUCUGUUUGCUGGUCGGGAGCAGGAGCUGGUGCAGCACUGCAAGGAUCGCUACCUGAAGAAGAUGCCCGAGUACGAUGUGAUCGAGUUUGCCCGCAACCAGUUGACCCUGCCAGACAAACUGGAUCCCUCCGAUGAGAUGUCCUGGCAGCAUUAUCUAUACUCGAAGCUGGGCAAGACGGAGGAGCCGGUGGAUGAGCAGGCUCUGGAGAAGGCCAAUGUGAAUGCCAAUGAGAAGGGCAAGGAUAAGACCACAGAGACGGUGGACCGUAUAGUGGCCAUGGCCAAGGUUUUGUUUGGUCUGCAUAUGAUCGACCAUCCACAACAGCAGAGCAAAAAUGUCUACAGGAGCGUUGUGUCGAUCCAAAGGAAGCGUGCCGUAAUCGCAUGCUUCCGUCAGACAUCGCUACAUUCUCUACCCAGACAUCGUGCCUGCAACAUCUUUGCCCGCUCCUACUAUGAGCAAUGGCUGCAGGAGGAGAACGUCGGCCAGGAGGUCAUGGUCGAGGACCUGACCCAGACCUUCGAGGACUCUGAAAAGUCGAAGAAGGACGAAGAGGAGACGGACAGCAAGCCGGAUCCAUUGACCCAACUGGUCACCACCUUCUGUCGCGGUGCCAUGACGGAGCGCAGUGGAGCUCUCCAGGAGGACCUGCUCUACAUGUCGUAUGCGCAGAUUGCGGCCAAGUCCUGCGGCGAAGAGGAGGAGGAAGGCGGUGACGAAGAGGGCGGUGAGGGAGGCGAAGAGGGCGAAGGCACCAGCAUCCAUGAACAAGAGAUGGAAAAGCAGAAACUGCUCUUCCAUCAGGCACGCCUCUCCAAUCGUGGCGUUGCCGAAAUGGUGCUGUUGCACAUUUCCGCCUCCAAAGGUAUACCUUCGGAGAUGGUAAUGACGACACUCAAUCUCGGCAUCGCCAUCCUGAGAGGCGGCAACAUCGACAUCCAAAUGGGCAUGCUGAACCACCUGAAGGAGAAGAAGGACGUGGGUUUCUUCACCUCCAUCGCCGGUCUGAUGAACUCGUGCAGUGUCCUUGAUCUGGACGCCUUUGAACGAAACACCAAAGCAGAGGGUCUUGGUGUAGGUUCCGAGGGCGCCGCCGGCGAGAAGAACAUGCACGACGCGGAGUUCACCUGUGCGCUGUUCCGGUUCAUCCAGCUGACCUGCGAAGGUCACAAUUUGGAGUGGCAAAACUAUUUGAGGACUCAGGCCGGAAACACGACAACCGUAAACGUGGUCAUCUGCACUGUGGAUUACCUUCUCCGACUCCAGGAGUCCAUCAUGGACUUUUACUGGCACUACUCCAGCAAGGAGAUCAUCGACCCCGCCGGCAAAGCCAACUUCUUCAAGGCCAUCGGAGUGGCCAGCCAAGUCUUCAACACCCUUACUGAGGUCAUCCAGGGUCCCUGUACCCUCAAUCAACAGGCGUUGGCGCACUCCAGGUUGUGGGAUGCGGUUGGAGGAUUCCUAUUCCUGUUCUCGCACAUGCAGGACAAGCUGUCGAAGCACUCCAGCCAGGUGGACCUACUCAAGGAGCUGCUGAAUCUGCAGAAGGACAUGAUCACGAUGAUGCUGUCCAUGCUGGAAGGAAACGUUGUUAAUGGCACCAUUGGUAAGCAGAUGGUGGAUACUCUGGUGGAGUCCGCCUCCAAUGUGGAGUUGAUUCUGAAGUACUUUGAUAUGUUCCUGAAACUGGCCGACUUGAUUGAGUCGCCAAGCUUCCACGAGAUCGACAUGAAGAACGAGGGCUGGGUUACGCCCAAGGACUUUAGGGAGAAGAUGGAGCAAUCCAAGAACUACACACCGGAAGAAAUGGAUUUCCUUUUGGCCUGCUGUGAGCGAAACCACGAGGGCAAGAUCGAUUACCGGGCCUUCGUGGAGCGCUUCCACGAACCAUCAAAGGAGAUCGGUUUCAACCUGGCUGUGCUGCUGACCAACCUCAGCGAACACAUGCCCAAUGAGCCGCGCCUGGCCCGCUUCCUGGAAACGGCUGGCUCAGUGCUGAACUACUUCGAGCCCUUCCUGGGUCGCAUAGAGAUCCUGGGCAGCUCGAAGCGCAUCGAGCGCGUCUACUUUGAAAUCAAGGAUUCCAACAUUGAGCAGUGGGAGAAACCGCAGAUCCGAGAGUCCAAGCGCGCCUUCUUCUACUCCAUCGUGACCGAGGGCGGCGACAAGGAGAAGCUCGAGGCCUUUGUCAACUUCUGCGAGGACGCCAUCUUUGAGAUGACCCAUGCCUCGGGCCUGAUGGCCACCGAUGACGGAGGCGGCAACGUGAAGCGCGACACGGCGUACAGUUCCUACAUGAGCGAGGAGGAGGAGGAGCGGGCAGCCCGCGAUCCCAUCCGACGCACCAUCACCGCCGUCAAGGAGGGCCUCAAGUUUGGCGUGCACAUGCUCAGUCCUGCGAACAUCAAGCACCAGAUCGGCGUGAUGCAGACCAAGUCCAUCCCAGAACUCAUCGUUGGCUUCUUCAAGAUCAUCUUCUACAUUUUCUACUACACCGGCUAUGCCCACUUCUGUGUGGUGCGCUACAUUUUCGGAAUCCUGUUGAACCUUAUGCGUGGACCUGCUCCCGAGCAGGAGGAGGAGCCGGUGGUGGAGGAGGAGACGUUUGGAAGAGCACUGCCGCCGUUGCCGCUGGAGGAGCCGCCGGGUACGGUGCAAGCCUUCGGCCUGGACAUCAACAAGGAAGAAAACGGCAUGUACAAGGUGGUGGUGCACGAGUCCCCGGCCAACUCCUCCAUGGAGGAGGGUGGCGAGUCGAGUCCCGAGGAUGGGUCUGCCCCCAGUGGGGAGUUGGUGGAAGGAGAGCCUUACCAGGAGCCCAUUUCAAUUGUGGACUUGCUGGGUGGGGAGGCGGCAAAGAAGGCGGCCCAGGAACGACAGGAAGCGCAAAAGGCUCAGGAAGCGGCCAUGGCCUCGAUCGAGGCGGAGGCCAAGAAGUCGUCGUCGGCGCCACAGGAGACACCUGCCGUUCACCAGAUCGACUUCUCGCAGUACACCCACCGAGCUGUCAGCUUCCUGGCCAGGAACUUCUACAACCUCAAGUAUGUGGCCCUGGUGCUGGCCUUCAGCAUCAACUUUAUGCUGCUCUUCUACAAGGUCACCACUCUCGUGGAGGAAUCGGACGGCUCUGGCGAAGAGGAGCUCAUCCUGGGCUCCGGCUCGGGAGCUGGCGCGGACAUUACGGGAUCUGGAUUUGGAGGUUCGGGAGACGGCGGAUCAGGCGACGGCGAAAUCGAAGACGACGUACCGGAACUGGUGCAUGUGGACGAGGACUUCUUCUAUAUGGAACAUGUGCUCCGCAUAGCAGCCUGCCUGCACUCCCUCGUCUCUCUGGCCAUGCUGAUCGCCUAUUACCACCUGAAGGUGCCACUGGCCAUCUUCAAGCGCGAAAAGGAGAUUGCCCGCCGGCUGGAGUUCGAUGGUCUCUUCAUUGCGGAACAGCCGGAGGACGACGACUUCAAGUCACACUGGGACAAGUUAGUGAUCUCGGCCAAGAGCUUCCCGGUCAACUACUGGGACAAGUUCGUCAAGAAGAAGGUGCGCCAAAAGUACAGCGAGACCUACGACUUCGACUCGAUCUCAAACUUGUUGGGCAUGGAGAAGAGCGCGUUCGCGGCCCAGGAGAGCGAGGAGACGGGCAUCUUCAAGUACAUCAUGAACAUCGACUGGCGCUACCAGGUGUGGAAGGCCGGAGUGACCUUCACGGACAACGCCUUCCUCUACUCGCUCUGGUACUUUAGCUUCUCGGUGAUGGGCAACUUCAACAACUUCUUCUUUGCCGCCCAUCUGCUCGAUGUGGCCGUUGGAUUCAAGACCCUGCGCACCAUCCUGCAGUCGGUAACCCACAACGGAAAGCAACUGGUGCUGACCGUGAUGCUGCUCACCAUCAUCGUGUACAUUUACACGGUGAUUGCGUUCAACUUCUUCCGCAAGUUCUACAUCCAGGAGGAGGACGAGGAGGUGGACAAGAAGUGUCACGACAUGCUUACCUGCUUCGUCUUCCAUCUGUACAAGGGUGUGAGAGCGGGUGGUGGCAUCGGUGACGAGAUCGGCGAUCCGGACGGAGACGACUACGAAGUGUACCGCAUCAUCUUCGACAUCACGUUCUUCUUCUUCGUCAUCAUUAUCCUGCUGGCCAUCAUCCAGGGUUUGAUCAUUGACGCCUUCGGAGAGCUCCGUGACCAACUGGAGUCGGUGAAGGACAACAUGGAGUCCAAUUGCUUCAUAUGCGGCAUGGGCAAGGACUUCUUUGACAUAGUACCGCACGGCUUCGAUACGCACGUCCAGAAGGAGCACAACCUGGCCAACUACAUGUUCUUCCUGAUGCAUUUGAUUAACAAGCCGGACACGGAGUACACCGGCCAGGAGACGUACGUGUGGAAUAUGUACCAGCAGCGCAGCUGGGACUUCUUCCCAGUGGGAGACUGCUUCCGCAAGCAGUACGAGGACGAGCUAUCCGGCGGAGGUGGCGGCGGUUAGACAACGCCACCAGGACUUUUCUCCGUUGUUUGCUAUCCGGGCACAAUGAAACUCGGGACCCACUUGGCACCUGCACUCCAGGGAGUAGUAGGUGCGUUUUGGUACUUUGACAUCAUCUGGAAUUUUUACCUAGUCGACUUUAGCAAUGUAUUUUUAAGCAAUAUCCUACAAAAUCGUUUCUAUGUACGUAGGAGGACGACCUUUUUCCAAAAUGAUAUAUUGAUGACGAUUCUAGCACGUAUAACAGCAAAUGUUCUUAACUCAUUUUAAAAUAAAUCUAUUCAUUUUGAACGAA